AUGGAGUUGGGAAAACUUGAAGGGGUGAAGAUAGGCACUUCUGAGGAGGUAGAGGUGGCAGUACUACAGUUUACGGACGAUACCUUACUAAUGGGGGGUUCAUCUUUGCAGAAUGUUCUUUCCAUGAAAAGUCUAAGACGGGAAAUUGGUUGUGGGAACACUGUGCUCUUUUGGAAAAACGAAUGGUGUGAAAGUGGAUUACUGAAAAUUUGCUUCCGCAGACUGUUCCAUCUCUCUACUCAAAAGAAUUGUACACUGAGGGAUAUGACUGUAUGGGUGGAUGGGAGGAUGCACUGGGAAUUUAGGUGGAGACGAGCUCUGAGUGAUCGAGAAAGAGGGAUGGUGGAAGAGCUUCGCAGAAUCGGUGGAAAUAUUCAACUGAUGGCAGGGGUUCUUGACACUUGGACUUGGUAUCCAGAGACUGAAGGAAGAUAUUCUGUGCAAUCCGCAUACAAAUUGAUAAAAGCUCCGAUGAUUGAGAAUAAUGACCCGAUCUUCAGUUUGCUUUGGGGACUUGGAGCACCAUCCAAUACCUGUGUAUUUAUUUGGAGGAUGAUGUUGGACCGCCUAGCAACAAAAGCAAACCUGCUGAGGAGAGGAGUAAUAUCAGAUGAAAGUGCUGCAAACUGUGUCCUCUGUCUACAGAAUACUGAAACAGCAUAUCAUCUUUUCACCCGUUGCCCGAUUGCUGUCAAUCUAUGGGCAAAGUGCUCUCGCUGGUUUGGCUGCUGUUCAAUUUCUCCGGGCUGCUGCAGAGACCAUCUAUUGCAGUAUGUUUGGCCUGGCCUCUCCUCCAAACAGAACGCAGCUUUCUGGAUGGUGUGGUUUGCAAUGACCUGGUCGCUCUGA